UUUAUUAGAUAUAUAUAAUUAAAAUGUCGUAUUCAAACAAGUAUACUUUCGCGGCUUUGCCGAGGACCCAGCGGGGAACGCCGUUAGUGUUGGGUGGUGAUCCAAAGGGGAAAAACUUCCUGUAUACUAACGGAAACUCAGUAAUAAUAAGGGAUAUAGAGAAUCCUGCGAUAUCGGACGUGUAUACAGAACACUCAUGUCAAGUUAAUGUCGCGAAGUAUUCGCCCAGCGGAUUUUAUAUCGCAUCUGGAGAUGUAUCAGGCAAGAUUCGUAUCUGGGACACAGUGAACAAGGAACAUAUCCUGAAGAACGAGUUCCAGCCCAUCGGUGGACCGAUCAAGGAUAUCGCAUGGAGUGCUGACAGCCAGCGUAUGGUGGUCGUGGGGGAAGGCAGAGAGAGAUUCGGUCAUGUGUUCAUGGCGGAAACUGGUACCUCUGUGGGGGAGAUAAGCGGUCAGUCGAAACCCAUCAAUUCGGUCGACUUCCGCCCUACCAGACCCUUCCGUAUCGUGACCGCCUCUGAGGACAAUACCCUUGCGGUCUUCGAGGGUCCCCCCUUCAAGUUCAAGUGCACGAAACAGGAACACACACGCUAUGCUCAAGCGAUCCGCUACAGCCCGAACGGUAGUCUGUUCGCAUCCGCUGGAUUCGAUGGAAAGAUUUUCCUGUUUGAUGGAGCUACGUCGGAGUUGAAGGGCGAGAUAGGCUCCCCGGCUCACAAGGGUGGUGUGUACGGUAUAUCCUGGUCUCCAGACGGCAAACAAUUGCUAUCUUGUUCCGGAGACAAAACAUGUGCGAUAUGGGACGUGGAGACCAUGCAACGGACUGUUACUUUCAAUAUGGGUACUGCGGUGGAGAAUCAACAAGUAUCAUGCCUCUGGCAAGGCAAACACCUGCUGUCUGUCUCGCUGUCGGGUGACAUUAACUACCUGGACGUGGAAAAUCCGGACAAGCCUCUCAGAAUACUAACAGGUCACAACAAGCCGAUCACCUGCCUGGCGCUGGAGGACCAGAGCCUGUUCACCGCCAGCCAUGAUGGAGCUGUUACUUUGUGGAACGUUCAGACAGGCGAAGGUCGCCACGUCCCCGGGCAGGGUCACGGGAACCAGGUGAACGGCAUGAGGGUCGGCCGGGGCGGCAGCCUGCUGACCUGCGGCAUCGACGACACCCUGAGGAAGGCUGUUCCUACGGCUGAAGGUGAAGUCCCGUCCUAUACAGACGAGGCAGUUACUCUAGGGUCUCAGCCUCGGGCCCUGGACCACUGGCCCGAUGAGGAUCUGACCGUCGUAGCCACCGUCAAGGAGUUGGUGGUGAUCGUGGGAGGCGGCAAGAAAUCCUCUCUACCCAUAGACUACGAGCCGAGCUGUGUCACCAUCGACUCCAAAAACAAUCACGUUGCCGUUGGUGGUGGGGACAGUAAAGUCCACAUAUACACUCUCCAAGGAACCUCCCUAUCUCCGUUCAAAGAAUUAACUCAUUUGGGACCUGUGACCGAUGCCCGUUACAGUCCAGACUCCACUCAUCUGGUAGCCUGCGAUGCUAACAGGAAACUUAUUCUUUACACCACUGAUGAGUACAAGCUGGCACAUAACAAGGAGUGGGGCUUCCAUUCAGCCCGAGUUAACUGCGUGGCCUGGAGUCCAGACGGAACCCGAGUGGCUUCGGGAUCACUCGAUACCACUGUGAUUGUGUGGAAUGUUCAAACCCCGGCUAAGCACACGCUUAUUAAGAACGCACACCCACAAAGCCAGAUCACCGGGCUAGCUUGGUUAGACAAUGUCACGUUGGCCACGGUGGGCCAGGACGCCAACACUCGUAUCUGGGACAUCCCUGCAUAAAUUUUUCCUUCGAUUGGGGCCCGUUUCACGAGGUGUGGACAAAUUAUCCUGCAAAUAAGUUACUAAAAGACUUUAACGGAGAUAGUAUAGGCCAUUGAGACUUCACCUCGAUAAACCUUUGUAAUCUA